GAGUGCAUAUGAAGUGUAAUUCCGCUUCCUGUCGUAAUAUUUGUUGGCAGGUCAAAGUUGGGUUAACUCUAAAUCAAAAUGCCAAGCAAAAAGAAAAAAUACAAUGCUAGAUUUCCCCCGGCAAGAAUCAAGAAGAUUAUGCAAACAGAUGAUGAUGUUGGCAAAGUGGCUGCUGCUGUACCAGUUAUUAUUUCAAGAGCUCUUGAACUAUUCAUAGAGUCCCUGAUAUCCAGAGCUAAUGAUAUUACACAAUCAAAACAUGCCAAAACUCUUUCAGCUGCUCAUAUGAAGCAGGCCAUAGAAUCAGAGAAGAAGUUUGACUUUUUACGUGACCUAGUAGCUAGCAUUCCAGAUGUCCAGUGCGAGGAAGGAGACGGAGAGGGAAGUGUUCACACUGCUAAUAAUGCUGAGGACAAUGCCCCAGUGUCUGGUACAAGACCAUGGAAAACAGGGAGGCCCAGGAAGUCGAGAAGUGGCCAACAUGGAGAAAACAGUUCUACGGGAAGAAGAAGGACGGAAGUGACCUCAGAUGAUGAAUCCACUGAGGAUGCAGACACAGAUGAAGGUGAGGAUGAGACUGGAGAGGAUACUACCCAGUCUAGUGGUAGCAUACCAUUUGCACAGCCCCCACCAGCAGCACAACCAGAAGCCCCCAGACCAGUAUUUGCAGCCCCUCCGGAAGGAUACAAUUAUCAGCAUCGUCCUGGUCCAUACCCGAGUCCAUUUCAACCACAGGGUCUCCCACAGUAUUUACCUCAUGGCAUCAUGCCACCAAUGCCACAGACUAUGGGCAUAUUGCCCCAAGAAAGAACUUUUACACCCCCUGUAGUGCCGCCAUCUAGUGACAGGGGUAAUACAAAGGAUGAUGAUUAUGAUACUUAAGGGAGACUCCUAAUUCAGUUCAAGUGUUUUUGAUUUAAACUGGAGGCACAUUCUGCAUACAGAUUUUAAAUUUCUUUUUCCUAAUCCGAAUGUGAGGUGGAACAGUUCAAUUGUUUUGAAAAGUAGUUAUGAUGUUUGAGUGUGAUGGACUUUGAAUUUGCUGUUUUAUAUGUUUGUGCAAAAGAAGCACAUUUUUAGGUAGUUACACUGGACUUGUGAAUACCAGUUAAAUAUUUGUUAAUUUCAAGAAGGUACAACACUAACCUUAACCAAUAAUUUUUUAUGUACAGACUUUUUUUAAAAAUUAAUAAUAAUAAUAUCAUAGGAUGAAAUAUGCUAGUGGCUUAUAAUCCAAAUCAAGCAUCUGCACACUUCUGCAAUAUUGAUUCUAAAUAUCAGAGUACUGAGUCCUGAUAAAUUUGUGGAAAAAAAGAAUGAAUGACAUUAUAUUUUAUUACUACCAACAAAAAGUAUUAUCAACUUUGUUAAUUUUGUUUGUCAAAUAUACGAAUUCAAGAGCAGACCCCUUUUCUUCAUCAGAGGCCCAUAUAUAAUAAAUAUAAAUUUUAAUCAGAUGUAUAAAGGAGAAAACAAAGUGGGCUUAACAAAAUAAUAAAUUUCAUUCCCAAUACGCCAUCUUGGACACUGACACAGUAAACACUACAAAACUGACCCCAAGUUGAGCAUGGUAGGCCGUGUGACUUGUUUACAUAGGUCUUCUAAGUCAUGACUAGACUUUAUUGCAUUAUUUUGAUCUUUCUAAUUUAUUCAAGUUAUCAAUUUGCUUAAAAAUGAACACUGGUUUCCGCCACAUUGGGAUCACUGUAUAGAGUUCAAUUUGUUCACAGCACCACAGUGGGAGCUGUCCUCAUUUCUUGUUACAGCAAGAGUUAAUCUUGGUCCACUGUAAUUUGUAUCACAGCAGAGAUGUCAGAGGCAUUUCUUAUCCUUUGUUGAAAAUGACUUCAGAUUAUCAUUUUAUUAAUAUCACCUUGUAAACCAGAUAUAAAUAAUAAUACUGGUACCACAUAUUGUUA